UCCCAAGGCUAUUGGUUUCCUGCCGCGCUUUUAGUAAAAAGCGGACACUGCUGCGAAGCGUUUCUCUCUUCCCGCUGUCCUCGGCUGCACACGGAGGCAAACCGACAAUUUAACCGCUAGAACGAGCAGUCGGGGAAAUAAAUAGAAGGAGUGACGGAGAAAGAGAGAGAGAGAGAGAGAAAGCAAGAGAGAUGAAGCAAGACCGAGAGAGAGAGAAGCAGAUAUGGGGCGUUUAUUAGAGUGAGAUAACGGAGAAAGAUAAUCCUACCCCUGUCCAGCACUCUAAAAUGUGCUAGAAGGAGAGCGAUCCUCAGUGUAGUUUACCGCUUCCCACAGCAGAGGCGGUGGAGCGAAAGCCUUGCGUCGGAGUAGUGGGAUUAUCCCCUCUUUCUCGCAAUGGAAACUGAAUGAAAAACGUUGGACAGUUGUUUUAAACUCCAGUGCUUUCGCUUACAAUUCUUGCCAAAUCGCAUCCUGCUAUGUUAUUCUCCUUUUAUUUCAACUUCAUAUGUGGAUUCGGAGGGGCAUUCUAAAAGGUAAUCAACCUACGGCACAACAGCUGCUCUACAAGUAGUUAGCCCCAGGAAAAGCUCUUAUUUUUGUGGAUGCAGAAAUGUGCAUGGUCUUCCCCCACCCCUGCCUCUCUCCAGAUGGUGAGUGAGCUGAAGCCAAGCUGGUUGUGAAGGUGCUGGUGGACUUGUCCCUGUCCUCGCCCCAAGCCAGACUCACCAUGGCGUCGGGAGUAGCGGCGUGGCUGCCCUUCGCCCGCGCUGCUGCUAUUGGCUGGAUGCCAGUGGCCAACAUGCCCAUGCCCAUCGCCCCCACCGAGAAGAACAAACGCGCAGACGAGCUCAUCGUCCUCAAUGUAAGUGGACGCCGAUUUGAGACAUGGAGGAAUACGCUAGAUAGAUAUCCCGACACCUUACUGGGCAGUUCAGAGAAAGAGUUUUUCUACAAUGAGGAGACCAAAGAGUACUUUUUUGACCGAGACGCGGAUGUGUUCCGCGCUGUUCUCAACUUCUAUCGCACGGGCAAGCUGCAUUACCCUCGCUCCGAGUGCAUCACGUCCUACGAUGAAGAGCUGUCCUUCUUCGGGAUCAUCCCUGAGAUCAUCGGAGACUGCUGCUACGAAGAGUACAAGGACCGUAGGCGUGAGAACCAAGAGAGACUGAUGGACGAUGACGAGGACAAGAAAGAUGCCAAGCUUCCCAAUAUGACGUUCAGAGAGACCAUGUGGAGGGCCUUCGAGAACCCUCACACCUCCACCAUGGCCCUGGUGUUCUACUAUGUCACCGGCUUCUUCAUCGCCAUCUCAGUCCUCACCAACGUGGUGGAGACGGUGCCUUGCGGUGCCACCCCUAACACCAAAGAGGUGACGUGCGGCGAUCGCUACACAGUAGCCUUCUUCUGCAUGGACACGGCCUGCGUCCUCAUCUUCACAGUAGAGUACCUCAUGAGACUGUUUGCUGCGCCAAGCCGCUACCGCUUCAUGCGCAGCGUGAUGAGCAUCAUCGACGUGGUGGCCAUCUUGCCCUACUACAUUGGCUUGGUGAUGACAGACAACGAGGAUGUGAGCGGGGCCUUCGUGACGCUCCGGGUCUUCCGGGUCUUCCGUAUCUUCAAGUUCUCCCGUCACUCUCAAGGGCUGCGCAUCCUGGGGUACACGCUGAAGAGCUGCGCCUCAGAGCUGGGCUUCCUCCUCUUCUCCCUCACCAUGGCCAUUAUCAUCUUCGCUACCGUUAUGUUCUACGCCGAGAAAGGUUCCACGUCGAGCAAGUUCACCAGCAUCCCAGCCUCAUUCUGGUACACCAUCGUUACUAUGACGACACUUGGAUAUGGAGACAUGGUUCCUAAGACGAUUGCGGGGAAGAUAUUUGGUUCUAUCUGUUCUCUGAGCGGGGUGUUGGUCAUUGCCCUGCCUGUCCCAGUCAUUGUGUCCAACUUCAGCCGCAUCUACCACCAAAACCAGAGAGCUGACAAAAGACGGGCACAGAAGAUGCAGAAAGCACGUCUGGCCAGGAUACGAAUAUCCAAGACAGGAAGCUCUAAUGCCUUCCUCCACAGCAAACGGAAUGGCCUCUUCAGCGAAGCCUUGGAGCUCACGCAACUUCCUUACAAGAUGAACCUUUCAGACCAGAGUUCCAUUGAGGAGGAGCAGCACCUGAGCAAGAACCAGUCCCUAUUAGAGAGCCAACACCACCACCUGCUGCAUUGUCUGGAGAAAACCACAAAUCAUGAGUUUGCAGAUGAGCUGUGUUAUGAGCAGAGCUACCUGGAGGGGGCACUCCAGAGCUAUCCGUCUCAAAGCCCCUCCCUCUCCAGCCAAGAAGGCAUGACGGGCACCUGCUGUACCCGCCACACCAAGAGGAACCACGCUCCUUUACCCAACUCCAGUAUUCUCACGUGCGCUCUCUCACACACACACCCUCAUCAUAACCUGCAGGAGCUCAGCACUAUCCACAUCCAGCCCCUCAACACCAGUCGCUCCAGUCUGAACAUGCGUGUGGACGAACCCGCGCGUCUCAACUGCCAGAGUGGCACGAUCACCACUGCGAUCAUCAGCAUUCCGACACCCCCAGCAACCACUCCUGAGAGCGACGCCCACCCUCCACCCCCAGGCCCCGCCCUUCAGAACGUUGUGAAGGUGUCUGCGCUGUGAGAGUAGAAGCGCAGCAGGACGCGCGGACAGACAGAUAGGAUGGAUAGACAGACUCAUGCAGAUAGACAGAAGGACAGUGCGAAGGAUACGACAGACGAGCAGGCGAAUGCUCUGAAGGCCGAGUCCCAGACUGAAGACAUGGAGAAGGACUGCCUACUAGUGGAGAUCUACUGUAAUGACAUGGACUUCCUGUAGAAAUGGAGGAUGGAUUUUAGAUACAGUCUACUGUAGGUGUCUGGGCGCUUCUGUAUGUUUGAGUGUGCGUUUUGUGUGUGUUUGGUAGGUUAUAAGUGUGUGUGAGAGAGAAUGUGUGUUAGAGAAAAUAAAAAAGGUUUGAGUUUUUGGAGUGUAUGAAAGAGAAAGAGAAGCACUUGAUGGGUCGCUGGAGAGAUGUAGAGCAGUAAAGUCACAUGUCACUGGGCACGCAGCACCUUUUGUGCUAUCCGGGAUCAUUGGGACAUCCCUACACUAAAACCUUAACCCUUACCUAACCCUAACCUUAACCCUUACCUUAACAAUAACCUUCACCUAACCUUAACCCUAACCUUAACAAUAACCCUUACCUCACCCUAAUCUUAACCAUUUUAAAUUUCAACUUCAAUGGGGAGUAUGGAUGUCCCAAGGAUCCCGGAUAGCAAGGACAACCUUUUUAUGGUUUGGAACCUGAGUUUGACAUUUGACCUGUCUGGUCUUUACAUCAUUACAGCAGGAAACAGUGAUCAUAUCAAAGAAAAUAACUUAGACAUAUUGAAAUCAUUAAAGUUUUCCUCUGGUUUGUUAUGUUAUUUAUGGUUGG